AUGGAGUUCAUCAUUUCGUGCGACACUCUGCCUAUUAUAACGUCGCUGCUCGCCGGGACGACCCUGGCGUACAUUGCUUAUAUGAGAUAUUUCCAUCCAUUGAGCAAAUACCCCGGACCCUUGGUCGCAUCUUUGACCAAUUGUUUCAAAGCCUAUUAUGUCUACAACUUGAAGUUGCAUGAAAAGCUCCUUGAACUUCACAUGCAGUAUGGUCCAGUCGUACGGGUGGGGCCUAAUCAUUUACAUCUCUGGGAAGGCGAGGCAAUUGCACCAAUCUACAAAGGAGGCCGCAAUAUGGGAAAGACGGAAUUCUAUGACGCCUUUACCGCAUUCAAUCCCAAUCUUUUUGGGGGUACCAAUGAGGAUAUUCACGCCCUUCGUCGGAGACAGCUAUCUCAUGGAUUUUCGCAGGUUUCGAUUCAAAAGCUGGAACCUUUGAUUGAAGGUCAAAUGGAAAUAUUCAUCAGAAAGCUUCGAGCACUUGCAGUCAGCGGCGAGACUUUUGACUUCAAGAACAUGAUUUCUCUCUAUGUAUUGGAUAUCUUGGGCGAAGUGGCCUUUGGCAAGCCUUUCGGUGUACAGGAAAAGGGAUAUGCAGAAGAAUUGCAUGCCAUUAAUGAUCAUCUUCUACUGGCCGGUGUCAUUGGCGAACUGUCUUUCCAAAAUUUCUGGAAGGCCCUGUCAAGAAUAUCUCCAGUGCCAUGGAUGCGACAAUUGAUGAAAAGCAGAAAUAAUCUGAAGACCGUUUGUUCAGAUUGCGUUAAGUUCAAGAUUCAAAACACGUCUCAACGGCCUGAUCUACUAAAGAGCCUCGUGGAGGCGGUCGAUCCUCAGAGUGGUGCUCGCUUAACUGAACAAGAGAUCAACUCCGAAGCAUUUGCCGUUCUCGUCGCUGGUUCACAUUCAACCUCAGGCACAUUGACUCUUCUUCUUUGGAACCUGAUCCAAAACCCGGAAUUGCUUGCAGCUACGACCAAGGAAAUUCGGGAUUUACUGGGGCCUCUUGCUGUUGGCCAGAUUUCUUAUCCUAUACAAGGCUUGGAAGCAUCUUUAAUGUAUACAAUGGCCUGUGUUAAAGAGAAUUUUCGACUAAAUCCUGUGUUUACUAUGCCGCUGUGGCGUCGUGUCGGUUUCCCGGGUGGUGUCGACAUUGGGAAGCAUCAUAUUCCUCAGGGGGCAAAUGUCUGUAUUUCGAACUACGUCUUACAUCAUAACCCCGACAUUUGGGGAUUGGAUCACGGAAUAUACAAACCUAGCCGCUGGCUUGAUGAAUCUUACAACAAAGAAAAGGGAAGAUACCUAAUUCCAUUCAGUAUUGGACAUCGAAUGUGCAUUGGUCGAAAUCUAGCCAUGACAAACAUACUGAAGACCCUUACUACACUACUUGUUCAGUUUGAUUUCAAGCCAGAGGAAACGAAGCAACGAGUUUGCGUCCGCAGCCCCGGAAUAGACCCAUUAUCCGCAGCGGAAAUUUUGACCUCAUCGGCAAUAAUAAAGGCCUCGUCAAUGGGGGAACUCAAGUUCAAUAGUAUCACCUUGCUGGAGCCGCUCAAGCUCGAAUAUGCCGCGUUUCGUGAUUCGGGAGGUUCGAGGCCCCGAAGAAGAUCCAAAGCCAUUGUGAUUUCCCGUGGAAACCAGCAAAUAUCUGAAGUUACCGUUGAUUUGAUCUCAGAGACCAUCGAUGCUUGGGUAGACUUCAAAGACGUGAUGCCAAUUCUCACUCUGGAGGAUUUGGAUGUGAUCGAAAGAAUUUCCAGAGAUCAUCCACUGGUGAUAAAAGCCUGCAAAGGAAUUGGGAUAACUGAUAUGUCAAAGGUCUUUUUUGACGGCUGGGCAAUCGGAAUAGACGAGCGUUGGGGUUUCGAGCGAAGAUUACAGCAAGCUCUCCCUUACUAUCGCAAAUUCCCAUCCGAUAAUCAAUAUGCCCAUCCACUUGACUUCAUUGUUGUUGCCGACACUGAGAGAGAGGAAGUUCUAGCUGUUGACAUCAAAACGGUGAACGGCGAACGUACGCCGAUUUCUCUCGAGGAGCAUAACUACCUGCCUGAGCUGAUAGGAAAGAGUCUCCAUGAGUAUGGUAUCCUGAAACCAAUCAGCAUUACUCAGCCCGAGGGUGUCUCUUUUUUUAUGCAAGGGCGGGAGAUCUCAUGGGCAAAUUUGAAGCUGCACAUUGGAUUCAACUACCGCGAGGGUCUAGUUUUAUCUGAUAUACGAAUGCGCGAUCCUCAUAGCAAAGAGAAUCGCGAGAGAACUAUCUUCAACCGACUUAGUGUGGUAGAAAUGUUUGUUCCAUACGGCUCGCCGAAUUCACCCCAUCAUAAAAAGCAUGCUUUCGACAUCGGAGAGUACGGCUCUGGAUUCAUGACCAACUCUCUGAAAUUAGGAUGUGAUUGCAAAGGUGCUAUCCACUACUUGGACGCCGUUCUGAAUUCCGGAAACGGGACACCUUUGUUGAUUGAAAACGCUGUGUGCAUUCACGAAGAAGACAAUGGGAUCCUUUACAAACAUACGGAUUUUCGAGAUGGGAGUGUUGUCCUCGCACGAGAUCGGAAGCUGGUCAUAUCGCAAAUUUUGACUGCGGCCAACUACGAAUAUGCCUUCUAUCAUACAUUCACGCUGGAUGGAACCUACAAGCUGGAAAGGUGGGGCAUAGACUUGAUGCUCAAAACCACCAGCAUAUUUUUUCCCUUUCGCAUUGACCCGGAAAUUGAUGGACCCAACAACAGUGUGAUCCAAAAUGAUGCUGUUGCCGCUGAUUACUCUUCGGAGAAAAACCCAUAUGGAAAUGGUUUCAUAGCGAGCAAGAGAACCUACAAAACUGCUACAGAUGGCGCAUCCUCCUAUUGUCACGAAACAUCCCGGACAUGGGAUAUCGUGAACCCAAGUCGAGUCAGCAAAAUAUCCAAAAAGCCUAUUGGGUAUAAGAUCGUCAACAAUCAGUGUCCUUCUCUUCUAGCAAGGCCUGAUAGCAUAGUUGCAAAACGAGGAGAAUUUGCUCGAAAGUCGCUUUGGGUCGUUCCUUACCGUGAUGGUGAAUUAUUCCCUGCUGGUGACUAUGUCUGCCAAUCAAGUGGUGGGCAUCAUCCGCAGAACUUGACAAUCACUGAUUGGGUGGCCCGCGACGAACCCAUUGAAAACACAGAUAUAGUUUGUUACAUUCAAUUUGGCCUCACCCACUUCCCUCGCAUGGAAGAUUUCCCCAUAAUGCCCGCAGAGCCGGUUAGUGUGACUUUGCGCGCAUCAAACUUUUUUGAGAAAAAUCCUGCUCUCUGGGUGCCUCCGUCAGAUUUAUCUGGAGAUAAAUCUUCUGCUUUGGCCAGUGUAAAAUCAAAAUUCGCAAGCUCUGGACAAGAGACAAGUGUAGUGUUUCCGAGACUUUGA